AUGGCGGGUACAGCUACGGCGACGUUUUCUGCGGAUGUUUGGACAUCAGCUAGCACAAUAGAUGCCAGCGCGCAACCAUGGGACUUCGCUGUUCCGGUUAAUCAGGAGAACCGACAUCGCUCGAAGUCCCGAACGUCCCGCAAGUCUAGAGACCGCGGCUCAAAAAGCUCCCGCAGUUCAUCGCUAUCCAAACAAAUUUAUGGUCACGAACAAUCCCAUUUCGCGCCGCGAGGUCGGAGAGAUGCAAGCCUCAGCCGCAAAGAGUUCGACAGCGGGGGCGUGCAGGACACCGCGGCAACAUCACAUAUUAACGGGUCAAGGAAAAGUGACAUAAAAGAUGAUGAAGAAAACGAUGAGAACUGGAUUCAUCGCGAUAAACUAGCUCGUAUUGAAAGCGAAGAGCUACAACAAGCUGCUAUCCUGUUUCAGCGUCGACCUGGGACUGGGAGUACGAGAGGGCGCGGGAGAAGCCGGGACCACCAUCACGGUAGCGUUAGCGGAACCACUGUGAUUUCAGCGACACACCAUGAACCAUUGGAACCAUGGCCAGACCUUCAAGAAGACCAACAAAAUAAUACCGCUUCUGCAGCUCUCGCGGGCGGCGAUGAUAUUACAGAAGAUGAACGCCAGUAUUGGGAUCUUCGCCGGCCUGAGGAAAUUGCGGCGGAAAGGGGUUCUAGUACAUCAAGUAUAUACCGCAACCCUGGGCUGCGGAAGAGUUCUUCUCGUAUCCCUAUUCCGACUUCAAGUCCUGUGCCUCUAUCACCACCGACUAUCGACCGCGAAUAUUUCACAUCUCGCUCGCGGGCUCCGACAAGUGAGAACGAAGAGGUCUCAUCAAAUGCAAGGCCACGUAGAGCUAGCGAACCGUUAACAGUAGAUUCUGCCUCGAACUCUGACCCUACUAGCGAGAGCCGCCCCGGGAGUCGGGGCUGGCCAGCGUCCCAGAAUGCUACCACCAAGAAGACCGCUGCGAAACCAGCCACUACAAACAGAAAGACAUCUGCUCCGAACCCCAAGAAGCCAUCGCCCCGAAGUCGCGCAACGUCGAGUAAUGCCAACCAGCGCCCCACGACCAGGUCAGGCGAAGCACGUCCACCUAUGUCCAUCAAUCGCCCGGAAGGAGAUCCGCCAUGGCUGGCAACGAUGUAUAAGCCAGACCCGCGACUCCCCCCAGAUCAGCAAAUAUUGCCUACCCAUGCACGGAAGAUGCAACAAGAACAAUGGGAGAAGGAAGGCAAGACACCUACAAUGUAUGACCGAGAAUUCGCACCGCUUGCAAUUGCACCUGAUCAGCCUCAACCGGAAGUCAAGACGGAGAAAGAGGCAGAGAAGGAAAGUCAGCAACAAGAACAUUUGAAACCGGAGGGUUUGGGUCUGCAACCGCCCCCAAAAAGCCCCGAGCCGAGUCGGCCUGGUACAAGCACAGGGUACAGUCCGAUGCCGAAAGUGCAGGAGACACCUCCAACCGGGUUGACGCCGAGGUUCAACAGCCAAACCGUGGUGACAGCUCAAGGGCCGCCUCCAGAAGACGAGAAGGCCGAGAAGGGAUGUGGAUGCUGCAUCGUGAUGUGA